AUGGCGGCCGAGCUUGAUCAGACUGACAACAAGGCGGAUGGUGGGCAGGGCAUAGUUUGCCGCACUUGCCACAGGGGAGAAGGGGGCCCAAUGCUCUUCUCUCGCUGCCUCCUUCUCUCACUCGCUCCUUGCAACCCCUUCAUCCCCUCAUCCCCCUCCCACGCCCCUUUUGUCCCCUCGUCUGUCUCCCCAACAUACCUCUUCGUUUCCCCAUUCCCUCUGGGCGAGCUAGGCGCUAUCGCCAUUCUCGCCGUGUCUCCUUCACUCACACGCCCCCCUCUCCUCUCCUUUCUCUCAUUCGCCCCCCUGUCUCCCCCUUGCUUUCAGGGCGAGCUUGGUGCCAAUGCUAUUCUCGCCGUGUCUCUGGCGGUGUGCCGGGCAGGCGCGGCAGAGAGAGAGCUGUCACUCCACGAGUACAUCGCCUCCCUGGCAGCGCUGCCCCACCCUUCUCUCCCCGUGCCUGAGUUCGCCCUCCUCUCGGGCGCCCUCACGCCCUCCUCUGCCGCCUCGCCCCCGUUCCAUUCACUCUCCAUUCUGCCAGUGGGAGCAUCCACAUUUUCAGAGGCUGUGCGGAUUGGAGCAGAGGUGCAGCACUGCUUGCAGGCACUUGCAGCAGAACGGUUUGGAGCAGCAGCAGCAGCGCUGGUGACUGACGAUGGCAGCUUGGGUCUGCCGCUCACAAGCAUAAGAGACGGUUUGCAGCUGCUGACGUCAGCAGUGGCAAAUGCAGGGCAUGCAGAGAAAGUGAAGAUCAGCAUUCACGCAGCGUUGGGUGGGCGUGUGACAGACGAAGGUCACUAUGACCUGGGCAUCCAGCAGCAGCAGCAGCAGCUGGAUGGCAGCGGUGACAUCAGCAUGACAUCAGCCAACAACAGCAGCAGCAGUUUGGAGCAAGUGACCGUCCAGCAGCUCAUAGACGUGUACCAGCAGCUGUGCUCAGAGUUCCCCAUUGUGAGCAUAGAGGACCCGUUUGACCAGGAAGACUUUGACGCCACUCAAGCCCUCUCAGAGGCUGGCUUCACCCAGGUGGUGGGCAACGACCUGUUGGUCUCAAAUGCCAAGCGACUGGAGCAAGCCAUUGAGAGACGCACAUGCAGUGGCAUCGCCAUCAAGCUCCCCUUGAUCGGCACCCUUUCAGAGGCUCUAGAGGUGGCCAAGGCAGCGAGGGCAGCGGGGUGGGCAGUGGUGGUGGCAGGUGGGGUGGGACGGCAGGGGGACACGGAGGACUGCAUGCUUGCUGACGUGGCAGUGGGCAUGGGGGCCCAGCGAAUCAAGGCUGGGGGUGUGUGUCGGGGCGAGCAAUGCUCCAAGUAUAAUCAGCUUUUACGGAUUGAGGAAGAGCUUGGAAGCAAGGCGACUUAUGGAGCAGGAACAGCAAAUGUGAUUCCACCAAGCAAAUGA